AUGACCAAAUCAUCUGAUUCUAUUUCCAAUCCUGAUAUAGAUUCCGAUCUGAUCGAUAAUACAGAUUUGCCACCUCAUCUACCCGAAACACCAGAUGAUGAUAGUCAGAAGACCGUACAUCGGGUCUCCUCGAUCCAAAAUGUCAAUCGUUCAUCUAUCUUUAGGAAAGAUGAAGGCGAAGGUGUAGAUAGUCAGAGCGAAGAGUCCAAAAUCAAUGUCGGAGCAAGGGAUGUGAAAGGUUUGAUUAGCUUGCUGGGGACCAGUACGAAAUCCAGUACCACUAGAGAUAUCGUUCGAUCCGAUACUUUCCAGAGCAUUAUCAAUACCGUCAAAGACUCAUCCAUCAAGCUCCAUGAGAGGUCCUCCGAAGAGGUGAAGGGAAGUAUCGAAUUUGCCUCUAGAGCCGUUGGGACCGAUAAGAAGUUUGACGAAGCUAGUGAUGAUAAGCCGAAAGAUGAGUGA